AGUUCAGGCCCUUUAUUUCAAUGGCUGCGCCCGUGUGGCACUGUUACAGGAGAUCUAACUCCUGAUCCUGGGUUUGAAGAAAUGAAGUUUUGUUUGAACUGAAUUCAGUUAGCGCUUGAAUUGAUAAUAACAACUAUAAUGCCUACUGACACUAGACGCAUUCAAGGGCCUGAGACGUCCAACAGUCCCUAUGAUUUUUGCCCUACGGCUACCAGCGACCCGGCUUUGCUUGAGAAACAACGACUCGAUGGACGGGACUCAGCACAGAUGAGACCGCUGUUUCUCCGAGCUGGCGUCAUCAGCCAGGCGAGAGGCUCAGCCUACAUAGAAAUGAAUCAGACAAAGGCGAUUUGUGCCGUCUACGGCCCGCGAGAGGUCCAGCGGCGGGAGGAUUUCAGCCUGAAGGGUCAGCUGACCUGCCAGUUUCGAUUUGCCACUUUCGCCAGCCAGCAUCGUCGACAGCAUCAGCAGGGCAAUCAGGAGAAAGACUUGUCUGUGCAGAUGUUGGAAGCCCUGGAGCCAGCUGUCUGCUUGCACAAGUAUCCCAAGUCCCAGAUCAACGUUUAUGUGACAGUUUUACAGCACGAUGGCUCCGUUCUGUCGGCGGGAAUCCUGUGUGCGUCUCUGGCCCUGGCGUCUGCGGGAGUGGAGAUGUACGACCUGGUCAUCGCGUCGUCUGCCGCGAUGUACAACGACUUGACCAUCUCGGAUCCCACAGUGCAGGAAGAACAAGCAGUUCUGAGCCGUGUCGGAAAAGGUAGUUCAGGUAUGCUGACGGUGGCGUUCAUGCCUUCCAUCAACCAAGUCUCUGCAAUCACGUCCGACGGAGGAAUUCAGUUUGACACUCUGAACAAAACUGUACGAACGGUGAUCGACAACUGCCAGAAACUGUACCCGGUCCUACAGCAGACAUUGGUCAAGCACAUAGAGGAGAAGAAGAAAGGCAUAUCUUCGAAGUAGAUGUGUCAAAUGUUUAUAAUGUUUUCAUUCAUGUAAAUAAACAUCUUUUCGUUAUCAU